AUGAAACAGUUUUGUUGUAUAACUUUUCUUGUCUUCCUUUUAAACUUAUAUUUAUAUGAUAAUGGUACUAUAAGGGGAGAAAUAGUAAACCUUAAAAAAGCAAAUUUAAGAAAUGGAUCGUCAUUGAAAAAUAUAUCCUUACAAAAUGAAGAUAAUUUUUCAUACCUAGAUGAUAAUAAUGAAAAUGUUACGAUUGAAGGAAAUAGUGAUGUAACAGAAGGAGAUAAUGGAUCAUUAAAUCAGCCACGUGAAGAAGAGAUACAGGCACAAGGUAAAGACGCAGAUGAGCCAUUAAAACAAUUAGAAGACAGUACGAAGUCUAAUGAAUCUAAAGUAGAAUCAACUGAAGCGAAAGAUGUAGGAAAACAACAGCAUGAUAAAAAUCAACAUGAACAAGAACAAAAAUUGCAGGAGGAGCAACAACAACAGCAGCAGCAACAACAACAACAGCAGCAGCAGCAACAACAACAACAGCAGCAGCAGCAACAACAACAACAGCAGCAGCAGCAACAACAACAACAGCAGCAGCAGCAACAACAACAACAGCAACAAGUACAACAACCUCAUAGAGAAGCACUCCAAGAACAAGCUGAUGCAGCAGAAGUAGUAGCAAAAGAAGAAGAAGCUGUAAAAGAGAUACCACAAAAACAAGAAGAGGCUGCAAAAGAGGAAGCAAAAAAAGAAGCAGAGAAGGAGGCAACAGAAGCCGAAGUUGCAAAAGCGGAGGCGGCAAAGAAAGAAGCAGAGAAGUUGGCAACAGAAGCAGAAGCGAUAAAAGCAGAAGCAGUCAAGAUAGCAGAAGAGAUAAAAAAAUUGGAAAUAACAGAAGACGAAAAAAAAUAUGUAGAAACAGCUGCGAUGGCAACAGCAAAUGAAGCGGAAAAAGCUAAAACCUUUGCAAAAGAAGCAGAAACUGCAGCAAAAGAAACAGCUGAAGCAGAAACACUAAGGUUAGCACAGGAAAAGGCAGAAAAGACAUUAAAGGCGGCUAACGAAGCGAAGAAAGCAAAAGAAAAAGCAGCAUACGAAUUAUUGAAAACGAAGAAUCAAGAUGUACUAGAAUCAUUGGAGAUAUCUACAGAAAAAGGAGAUAAUCUAAUGGACACGAACGAACAAGUAUGGGAAGAAAUCGAAGAACAGGAAGAUAAAGAGGAUGUGCAAGAAGAGGAAUUGGAGCAGGUAGAACAAGAGCGGGAGGGAGAGGGAAGUGAAGAUAGUGUAUUUUUAGAAGAACAUGAGGAAGAGGAAGAAAAAGAGGAAGAAGAAGAAGAAGAAGAAGAAGAAGCAAGGGAAGUGAAAGAACCUGGGGCGGUGGAUGAGAAUGAAAAAAGCACUCCAGUAAAAGAGGCCAAAGAGGAAGAAGUAAAUAGCAAAAACAUAUUGGAUGACAAAGAAGCUUAUAAAUCACUUAGUGACCACUGUAAUAAUGAUACAGCUGCCAAUAAAGAAAAGGUUGAACAUUUAAAAAGUUUAAUUAGCGACGUUGGAGAGGAAAGUAUAAAAAGUUUACAACAAGAUGUGCACCAAUAUUUUAAAAGUAACUAA